GAAACCUUGAGAAUAAAACAAGAGGAACCAGAAACCUGGAGAAUAAAACAAGAGGAACCAGAAGAGGAACCAGAAACCUGGAGAAUAAAGCAUGAAGAACCAGAAGAGGAGCCAGAAACCCAGAGAAUAAAACACAAGGAACCAGAAAAGGAACCAAAAGCCCAGAGAAUAAAACAGGAGGAACCAGAAACCAGGAGAAGAAAACGCAAGAAACAAGGAGGCCUGAUGAAAAUGAAAGAACAAAGACGAGAUCUGAAAGAAGUGGAUGAGAAAUAUCAGGAUCAGAAAGCUCCCGAUGUCAAUGAAGAAAAAUCAGCAACUUGCAGCAUUAAAAAAACUGAAGUAAAAAAAAAGCCUUUCAGCUGCUCUCAGUGUGGAAAGAGUUUUACACGGAAAGAUAACCUGAAGAGUCAUUUGGUAACUCACUCUUCAGAAAAACCUUUCAGAUGCUCUCAGUGUGGAAACACUUUCACGUGUAAUAGAAAUCUUAAGGAUCACAUGUUAAUUCAUGCUGGGAUAAAGCCUUUCAGCUGCUCUGAGUGUGGAAAGAGUUUUACGUUUAAAGUAAGCAUUAAUAGGCACAUGUUAAUUCAUACUGGGAUAAAGUCUUUCAGCUGCUCUCAGUGUGGAAAGAGUUUCACACAGAAAACAAGCUUAAAUAAGCACAUGUUAAUUCAUUCUGGGAUAAAGCCUUUCAGCUGCUUUCAAUGUGGAAAGAGUUUUACACAGAAAGAACACCUUAAGAAUCAUUUGGUAACUCACUCUUCUGAAAAACCUUUCUGUUGCUCUCAGUGUGGAAGUACUUUUGCAUGUAAAGCAAACCUUAAUAAGCACAUGUUAAUUCAUACUUGGAUAAAGACUUUCAGUUGCUCUGAGUGUGGAAAGAGUUUUACACAGAAAUCAUUCCUUAAUAAGCAUAUGUCAAUUCAUACUGGGCUACAGUCUUUAAGCUGCUCUCAGUGUGGAAAGAGUUUCACACAUAAAACAAGCUUAAAGUAUCACAUGUUAGUUCAUGCUGGGAUAAAGUCUUUCAGCUGCUCUCAGUGUGGAAAGAGUUUUACAAUGAAAGAACAACUUAAGAAUCAUUUGGUAACUCACUCUUCAGAAAAACCUUUCAGCUGCUCUCAGUGUGGAAACACUUUCAAACAUAAAGCAAGCCUUGAAAAACACAUGUUAAUUCAUACUGGGAUAAAGCCUUUCACCUGCUCUCAGUGUGGAAAGAGUUAUACACAGAAAUCGGGCCUAAAUAGGCACUUGUUAAUUCAUGCUGGGAAAAAGCCUUUCUCCUGCUCUCAUUGUGGAAAGAGUUUUACACAGAAAACUCACCUUAAGAAGCAUUUGUUAACUCACACUUCAUAAAAGCCUUUCACCUGCUCUCAGUGUGGAAAAUCUUUUGUCACAUAAAGGAUACCUUGAAAAUUACGUUAAACUGGACAUUGAAUGCCUAUUUUCCACAAGUUUAUAUGAUUCUUUAGGGUCUUAAAGGGUUCAUAUGAUGAAAUUUCACAUUUUUCUUUCACUUUUGAGUGUUACAAGCUUUUGCUGCAUAAAGAAGAUCUGUUAAGUUGCAAAGACCAAAGUCUCAAAUCCAAAAAGAGAUCCUUUAUAAAGUUAAGGUUCAACCACACUCCCUUAAAUCGUCUCGUUCUACCACACCGCCGCAUCUCUACAUCACUAUGUGGGAAGAAUUGCAUAACACCAACCUUAAGGUUUAUGCAAAGAUAGAAGGCACAACUUUUAUUCUCUGUUGCCGCAGUUGCCAUGUUGUGGAGUUGAAGUGAAACUUUGUUUGGCCUUCCAAAAGAGGACAUGACUAGAAAUCAGUGGUUAAGUUGCAUUUCAACACUGUUCCAGAACAGUCCAACCCAAAUAUUCAGUUUGUUCUAAGCAUUUUAUGGAGGCGACUCCAUCACAAUAUUAGGACACUUAAAAUACCAUAUGACCUGCUCUUUAAACACUCUUCAAAGUGUGCUGUCCUGACGCUUGCUGUUACUCAACCACCAUGAGAAGACGAGCCAUCUAGUCUCAACAGCUUUUCUUUCUUUCUUCUACACCAGUUUAUUUUAUUUUCCUGUUGAGAGUUUUUUUGUUCUAAGUUUUGCCGCAAAGCUACGUCAGAUGUUGUCUGCACCAACUUUAAAACUUCAACCAGGGUACACGACUCCACACCAUCCUUCAGCCAACGCCCAAGACAUCACUUCCAAUGACUCCUGAACUCCAGCCAAUCAGCAACCUAUAGAAACCCCUUUCUGCAACCAUAUAAAAUUAAUUCCUUUAAAAUAAAGGCAACACAAGUACAACCUCCGGAUUCUUGCCGGUUUAUUGGUUAAAGGCUGUUCAGUAAUUUCCUAUAUUGAUAUAAAUAUGGGGUUUAACAUUUUCACUCUCUUAAACUCAUUCUUUCCUCUCUUUGUUUCUGCAACUUGUGUGAAUGUGCAUGAAUGUGUUUGUUAGAUUAAUUUACAUGUCUUUUUGAUUUAUCCAAUAAAGUCUUAUGUACAUUGAAAAU